UGCUUUGAGCCAGUCCCAAUCCGACAGUGAAUGUGUUCGGAGUGGAGUGGUGUGCUUAGUGAUACCUCUCAGUGGACCGACCCAGUACUUCCGCCAAAGAUGACUAUCCCAGAGGCUGGCAGGGAGAGAGGGGGGUGGUUAGGUAAAAUGGAGGGAAACUGUGCCCCAACCCCCCUCCCCGCCUUCCCCCACCACUCCCCCCUCCAAACCAGGCAACCGUGCCCUUCCUUCAUUUCAACUAGGGCUGCUUCUAGGCACGGACCUCUCCGUCGAGCCGGGCCUCAUAGCCAUCUGUUGACCUACAAAAGGGCAUCAUCUAUUGUAUGUAUUAAUAGACAUAAUCAGAAGGAAAAAGUUUCCGCCAUUGCCGACACACCCAUUUUACGUAACACUUGA